AAGCACACACGAUAAAACUGACAAAAGUCUGGAAGAACUACGUUUAAUUUGUUCACAGUUUGCAUUCGAAAAAUUUAUAAGGCAACAGGAAGAUCUUGCAAUACAUGAUGCAUAUGAAGUUUUUGCAUGUGAAGAUGGUACAUACAAUGUGGUACAAAUAGAUGGUUUAAACAAAUCAACUUAUAUAGUGCAACUCGGUAAGCCUAGUUCUUGUACAUGCCUGCAUCCUCGACGUACAAGAACCCCCUGCCAACAUAUAAUUGUAUUAUAUUUACGGUACUUGCAUACUCCUGUUUCACAAAAUGAGAUUCACCAGCGUUGGUAUGCACGAUAUACCGAUACUGCAAAAACAGAACAUGUUACAGAUCCUGUUCCUUCCCAUUUUGUCGAAAUUUUUAAUAAGUUGCCAAAAUUUCAUCAUAAUGCAUUUUUGGACUUAAUGCAACAUACUGUAGAAUAUGUUCUGGAAAAUGAAACAAUGCCAAAGCUGCAAAUGGAUAACAAUAAUAUUGAUCAGCAAGUAACAUUUAAGACAAUCAAUAUCGAUAAUACUGCAGAUUGUAGUAAUCUCAUAAUGCCAAAAGUAAAACGUAAACGUGGCAGACCACCUAACAACAAACGUAUUUGUGGUGCUGAAGAAAAUAAAGAAAAUGACCCGCCCUUAAAAAAAACUUCAGCUAAACAAAAAUUAGGAAAAGACAAUAAAACAUCACAUCCAACUA